AUGGGGUUUCAGAAGAAGACGGGCAAAGGUCGAAUCGAUAAGUGGUAUAAGUUGGCAAAAGAAAAAGGAUACCGAGCUCGUGCAGCUUUCAAACUCAUACAGUUGAAUCGUAAAUAUGGCUUCCUCGAGAGAUCUCGCGUCUUGCUGGAUCUUUGCGCAGCGCCGGGAUCAUGGUGCCAAGUUGCUGCAGAGACUAUGCCUGCAAAGAAUAGCUUGAUACUUGGGGUCGACUUGGCUUCUAUCAAGCCAAUUGCGAGAGCUACCACGUUCCAGGGCGACAUCACUACAGAUAAAUGCCGGACGACUUUACGCCAACAUCUAAAGACUCUUAAAGUUGAUACUGUACUGCAUGACGGUGCACCGAAUGUAGGCACAGCCUGGGUUCAAGAUGCAUUUUCGCAAGCGGAGCUCGUUCUGCAAGCCUUGAAAUUAGCCACAGAAUUCCUUGUCGAGGGUGGAGUGUUCGUGACAAAAGUGUUUCGAUCAAGAGACUACAACGCCUUGCUAUGGGUCUUGGGUCAACUAUUCUCCAAAGUUGAUGCUACAAAGCCACCCUCAUCAAGGAAUGUAUCAGCGGAGAUCUUUGUUGUCUGUCAAGGGUUCAAAGCACCUAAGAAGAUUGAUCCUCGUUUUCUGGACGCUAAAGCUGUCUUUGCUGAGCUUUCGGAGCCAGCUGGCAACAACGAAGCGAAAGUCUUCAACCCAGAGAAGAAGAAGCGAAAGAGGGGAGGCUACGAAGAGGGAGAAUAUAUACAAUUCAAAGAGGUCUCGGCUAGUAAUUUUGUGCAGGCUCCGGACCCAAUAGCCAUGCUUGCAUCGCUCAAUCGGAUCACGUUUGACCAAAAGGAAAAUGGAGAUAUCGCGCUUGCGGCGCUUGACAAGCUGCCCGAAACGACGGAGGAGGUCCGCCAAUGUUGCUCCGAUCUGAUGGUCUUAGGAAGGAAAGAGUUCAAAAUACUGCUGAAGUGGAGAUUAAAAUGCCGGGUAAUCUUCGGUUUCAAAACCAAGGAUUCUCCAGCAGAGACGACUGAUGACCGUGAAGAUAUCACUACAGUGACGCCCAUGGAUGAAGAGUUGAAGAUUCAGGAGGAAUUAGAGCAACUAAAUGACAAGGAAGCCGGGCGUAGAAAGCGUGAGCGGCGGCGAGAAAACGAGAAAAAGCAAAAGGAGAUUACACGAAUGCAGCUUCACAUGACGACACCCACCGAGAUUGGGCUUGAACAGGACGGAGUCUGUGGCAGGGAUAGUGUCUUCCAGUUGAAGCAAGUCGAUAAAGCUGGCGCUGUUGAUGAGAUAGCAAAGGGCAGAAUGGGUGUCGCAGUGCCAGCACAACCAGCAGAGGAAAGCGUCUCAUCGGAGGCCGAAGACUCUGAAGAAGACAAUCUUGACGGCGAACUUGAAUCGAUGUACAAUCAAUAUCAAGAACGCAGAGCACAGACUGAUACAAGAUAUUGGUCCAAAAAGACUCGCACGGCGAGUGAAGAUGCCGAUUUUGAAGGAUUCUCUAACGAAGAAAAGCACGAGAGUGAUGAAGAUAAUGUAGAUCUCGAUAGUGAAGAUGAUCGUUCUGAUGGAGAAGACGAGACCAGUGACCACUUGAUAUUCAAGAAGCCUGAGGAUGUGACACAGGCAAGUGGUCUCACAAUGCGCGAAGCCAUGUUCUUUGAACAGGACAUCUUCAAGCAGAUUGGAGGUCUAGACAUUGAAAGCGACCCUGACAGUGCGGUAGAUAUGGGGAGUGACAGUCUAUGGGACCGUGCAAUGAGCAUCAAGAAAACCCUCGACGAGGAGAAGAUUUCGAGCGUUCGGAACAAAGAGAGGACGGCGACGAGCUCAAACACUUCUUCCGCCCAGGCAAGCGUUCUGCAGCAUGACCAGAAAGCGCACGAGCAAGAAACCACGUCGUGGGCUUUCGAAGAAAAAGAACAGAAAGACGUCAGCUAUGAGAUCGUCAAGCGCCAAACAUCAGAUUGGGAAGCAGAAUCAGAACCUCGCAAAGACGGUCGUCUCGACAUUGACAUCAUCACUGCUGAGGCCAUGACACUUGCUCAACAAAUCGCGUCGGGCCAAAAGACGACCCAGGAUUUGGUCGACGAAGGAUUCAACAAGUAUACUUUUCGUGACACGGACGGUUUGCCGGAAUGGUUUCUCGAUGAUGAGACCAAGCAUUCGAGACCGCACCGACCAAUCAGCGCUGCUGGUGCUGCAGCCAUCAAGGAAAAGUUGAGAGCCAUGAAUGCACGGCCGAUCAAGAAGGUCCGUGAGGCGAAGGAUAGAAAGAAGUUCAAAACGGCGCAGAAGCUGGAGAAAUUACGGAAAAAAUCUGCGCUCAUGGUCGAGGAUGACGGAAUGAGCGAGAAAGACAAAGCUGCUAACAUCGUCAAGCUUAUGAAAAGAGCUGGCAAGAAAAAGCCGAAGCAGCAAGUCAAGCUUGUCGUCGCCAAGAACCAGAAUAAGGGGAUCAGAGGGCGCCCUCGUGGUGUGAAGGGGAAGUAUAAGAUUGUCGAUUCAAGAUUGAAGAAGGAUGCGAGGGCGGAAAAGAGGCUGGCGAAGAAGUCGAAGCGAUGA